AUGCUGACAUCAAUUCAGCUGACGGUCCUCUUUCUGUUCGUGAACACAGGCUCCGCUGGGGCAGAGAAGGUCUUUCACAGCAGAGACCACGCUGAUGUGGACAUGACCCUGCACCACCACGCCGACCUGGUGGUGGACAAGGACACUGCAUGGCAAUUUCUCUCAAAGUAUGGUUUCUUAAAGUCAGACAAAUGGGACGAGCAGAAUCUGCCCGAAGAAGCAGAAUUUCUGAGUGACGAGAGCCCUGAUGUCAAGGACACCGUGCCUUUGAUUCACGAAGGGACCUCCUCAUCUCGGAGAGGCAGCGAGAGCGAUAAUCCCACCGAAAGCUCAAACUUUAUCUCGGCGCUCAAGGAGUUUCAGAUGAUGUCUGGCCUGCCUGUCACAGGUGUGUUUGAUGAUGCCACUAAGGCUGCCAUGAACAAGCCCAGAUGUGGGGUCUCGGACCGGGGGUCUCCCACCGGCCCCACCUCGACACAGAAUCCCACCCUUUGGGCUCCAAGUCCCAUCACAGCCCGUACCAGCACUGAGAGCACAGCUGACAGCGCAGCUCGUGAUACCGCCAACGACACCGCAAGCCGCAUCCAUGACCAAGAGUCCCCAAAUGCGAAUCGUUCCCGUAAAAAGCGCCACCUUGCGAUGCUGUUGUCCAAGAGCAGGCCGAGAAGGUCAACGGGCGACGAACUGGGGCUGAUGGCUUUCUCCAAGAAGGUGCUCACAUGGAGGCUUAUUGGCGAGGGCUACAGCAGCCAGCUGUCCAUCGAUGACCAGAAGUACAUCUUUAAGCUCGCUUUCAGGAUGUGGAGUGAGGUGUCCCCGCUGGAGUUUGCCGAGGACACACACUCGCCUCUGGAGGAAAUCGACAUCAAGCUGGGUUUCGGAACAGGUCGGCACCUGGGCUGCGCUCAGACUUUCGACGGUGCCGGGCAAGAAUUUGCACACGCGUGGUUCCUUGGAGAUAUACACUUUGAUGACGAUGAACACUUCACCGGCCUCAAUGCUGGCACCGGGAUCAGCCUGCUUAAGGUGGCCGUGCACGAGAUCGGCCAUGUCCUUGGCCUGCCGCACAUCUACAGGCCCGGCUCGAUCAUGCAGCCCAGCUACUUGCCGCAAGACUCCAGCUUUGAGCUCGACUGGCUCGACAGAAAGGCCAUACAGCAGCUGUACGGUGGGUGCAAAGGCCGCUUCAGCACGGUGUUUGACUGGAUCAGGAGGGAACGGACCGCCUAUGGCGAGAUCGUCAUCCGAUUCAACACCUACUUCAUGCGGGACGGCUGGUAUUGGCUCUAUGAGAACCGGAGCAACCGGACACGGUACGGAGACCCCGUGGCAGUGCGGGUGGGCUGGCAUGGAAUCCCAGCCUCCGGGGUGGACGCCUAUGUCCAUGUGUGGACUUGGACACUUGAUGCCGUGUAUUUCUUCAAAGGCACUCGGUACUGGAGGUAUGACAGCGAAAACGACCAGGCGUACGCGGAGGAUUCCGAGGGACGUAAAUAUCCGAGGCUAAUCUCUGAGGGCUUCCCCGGCGUCCCGAGUCCCAUUGACACCGCCUUCUUUGACAGGAGGAACUCUCAUAUCUACUUCUUCAAGGGCAUGAAUGUGUACAGUUUCGAUGUGGUGACCAACGCUGUGGCGAGUGGCUUCCCACAGAGAAUCUCAGAAGUGUUUCCUGCGGUGAAACGUGGCGACCAUCCCGGCGGAUACCUGGACGCAUCCUACUUCUCCUACACCCACAACGCGGUCUUCCUGCUGAAAGGCGUCCACUUCUGGAGGCUGGUGAGCAGCCGAGACCGCUGGCUCCAUCCCUCCCUGCCCCGCAACGGUGUGCUGCCUGGCCAGCAGGUGGACCAGCAAUGGUUUGACAUCUGCAACGUGCACGAUUCUGCUCUCAAGAUGUCAGCAUAGGAGGAGGACAGAGAGUUUGAAGACCAACCCUUGCUGCGGUCAUCUGUUAAACUACAGACCAUGACUCUAGGCCAGCUCUUCAUUCU